CUUCCGAUGCGUUCUGAUACUGAUCAUGAGAGAUCUCGGCUUCUACGAAACGCUGCAGGCGUCGAUGGGUCUCGUCAUCAAUGUUGGCGUCGUGUUGGAGUCGCCUGAACCCAUCACGCCAUCUGCACUCACGGAUGCGCUACGCAAAGCAGGUAGCACGAGCCAGCAGACCAGCCUGCCUGUCCAUCUGUGUGAGUCUUUGCACACAGGUGAGCGCCACCCGUUCUUCCGGGCCCGUUUGAUCAAGGGUGAGGACAGCAAGUGGCGGCUGGAGGAGAGGGAUGCUGCAAUGCCGCUUGAAGAAUGCACCCAUGAAAGCGGCAGGCCCGUGGGUCGGGAGGAGUGGCAGGCCCAAUUCCUUCGCUUCGCCGCACUUGUCAAGGGUGGGUGACCAGAGAGCAGAUGGUCAAGGUGGUGACGUUGGCGACUUAUGUGCAUGUGGCAUGCUCUUUGGUUGGCAGAUUUCUCGGCCUCAACGGUGUUCGCGCAGCUGUGGACCUCGCGCAGCGAAUCGUCGCUGAUCAGCUGCAUUUUCCUAUCCAUUCACCACUGCUGUAAGUUGGCCACCCAUCACCACACCUGGGCAACCUUACCUUGUUGUGGUAUGUUUCGUCACCUCAGGUAUUGACGGUCCCGGUGCCUUCGCGGCGAUGCACGACCUUCUCUCCUUCCUCUCUGACCCCUCGCGUCCUGUGACGCCACUGCCGCUCCGCGACCCAUGUGCAGAUUUGCCGAUCGGCAAGAUCCUCUCGCUCGACCCGCCGCCCGUCGCCGUCCUGAUGGCGGAACCUCAGAUGGCUGCCAAGUGUGAGGCCCCGCUGGCGGCCGAUCAGAUGGACGUCGCUACCAUGUCCGACGAUGAGAAGGCAAUCAAGGGCAAGUUCAUCGCGUUCACACCAGAGGUGCGCAGGGUGGAGUGGGGGAUGAGAAGGCGUGGCUGCAUUGACGGUGGGGGGGCUGUCUGUCUGUCUGUCUGUCUGUCAGGAGACGACUGAGCUGCUGCAGCGGGCGAGGAAGCACGCGGCGUCUGUCCAGGCCCUUCUGACGGUGGUUGGUCUCAUUUCCGUGCACAAAGCCAACCGAGCGAUGACUGAGGCAGACCCAGCAGCAGUGAAGCCGACCAAGGCAGUGGCUAUGCUGGCGUAUCAGGUGAGAAGACGAAACAAGGCGCAGAUGCACUCUGUCGACGUGUGGCGUCGUUCCUUGUGUGCAGAUGCGCCCUCUGCUGACUUAUGACCCUCCAGUCACUUCAGACGAGUGCAUUGUCGGCGGUGGGGGCCUCUGGGUGUCGAUCGACCUGGCUGACGAGUCCGCUUCUCUGUGGCAUCUCGCGGCCGACGUCAAGCGGCAAAUCCAAAGCGAGACCGACAGCGAUGGUCCAUUGCGGUUCUUCCGCCUGUUAUUGAACCAGGACCCCUUCCCAAAGACGACUCUCUUUGCCUCAUCGAUCGGCAAGACGCCUGUCGAGGGCACAUACGGCCCCCUGACUGUGCGGGACGCCCUCUUUGUGGGCGGCGCUAACAUUCGUGAACACGCGAGACCUAACGUGGCUUUACAUGCGUUUGCGGCGGGUGGGCGGAUGCACGUGACGGUCAGCUAUGGGCCUGGCUAUGGAAAGGAGAGAAUAGCGAGUUUUGCGAGGUGCGUCGAGGGGGCUCUGAGGGCGUGCAUGGAGGGCGAUGGGGUCAGAGUGGCUGAUGUGACGUUUUGAUUGAUUCAUUGAGUGAGUGGUGGUGGUGGUGCUGAUUGGG